AUGCUGUUCAUGCUCGAGCUCCGUCCCAACUGCGAAUGGUGUGACCGCGACCUCCCUCCCGAGUCCCACGACGCCUACAUUUGCACAUUCGAGUGCACAUGGUGCACCGACUGCGUCAACACGCAUUUGAACAAGACUUGCCCUAACUGUGGAGGCGACCUUGCGAAGAGGCCAAUCCGCCCCGCCGACAAGCUUGUCAAGUUCCCCGCAUCCACCAAGCGUGUGCUCCAGCAGAAGUGA